GGGAAAGAGGGAGGCACUGACCACAGUGCAGAACCACCCAAUAACCUUGUCUUAUGUGAUCAUUAACCUUGCUGGAAAAUGCAGCUGGCAGUUCACUCUGGAGCUUGUUAUUAGAAUGUGAACACAGACACAGAUACUGCAGAGGCAUUUCAAGGAUUUUUUGAUUUGCUGCAAGUAUUAUAAAUAUUUCACCUAUUUUGUGCAACUGCAAAAUGAGAUUCCAACAGCUCCUUUAUAUCUUAUUUUUUCUCUUGAUGAGUCUACUCCUUAUCAAUGGACAGAGGCCAGCUAACCUGGCCCUGCGCAGAAAGCUGCACAGACACAACUGCUCCCACAGGCGCUGUAUGCCUCUCCACUCCAGAGUGCCGUUUCCCUGAGAAAGAAGAAUGAAAGAGGAAACCAAUCACGAAAAUGCGAUGUGAUAGCUGCAGCAUUCUAAUCAGUGCAGGUGUCCACGUAAAAGCCAUCACCACAUUCAGAACCUUAUCAGACUCCUCCUGGAACAACUUCACACGAGUUUCAGAUUUCUCUAAGUUGGGAAAAACAAUGGAAUCACAAAGGACCCCUUUCAGGAACUUGGGAAAAUCAAGAGUGCCAUAAAAAGAUAAGUCAUUCUUUCUACAUACCAACAAAUAGCCAUCUGGGUAACAGCAAAGCAUUGUAGCUUUGAACAUUUUCAAAAAUUAGACCAACAUUAUACCACUGAAAGAGCUAAUAUAGUUAUUAUUUACCAUUCACAUAUGUCUGUGUAUUUCUAUUUAGAUAUAAUACCUAGUAAAGAACAUGAAAAAGAAUGGUGAAAAAUAAAUAUUUAAUAGUUACAUUUUUUGGACAAAUAUAUGGGUUUUAAUGUUUAUGGUAGUACUGGAUGUUUAUAUGUAGCCAUAAUUAUGCAAUUAACUUUACUAUACUCCUAAGAAAAACAUAAUGUAUCUAUCAGAAAGUUGUAAGUGCUAAACUCUCUUAGGAAGCAAAAAUCUUUGAUCUAGGUUUUAGAAAAGAAUCCUGAAUGUCUUAGCUCUGUUUUAAGUCAUGUUGCAUACGAUAAAGACAUAGGUCAUGAUCUUUGAUGGUUAUUUAUGUUUAUGAAAUACCUAUGUGCCUGUAUAUUUUGUAAAAAAAUAAUUAUGCUCUUCAAUUAAUGUCUCAUUUUUAAAUAAACUUUGUACAAUUUGUUUUUAAUUUUAUAUUCCUUAUGUGUAAAGGGUCCUGCACCCAAAGAAUUUACCUCAUUUCUUUUGUAAAUUUCAAAAGGGGUCAAUGUUAAACUUUUCCUACUCAAUU